GCGUCAGCUAUAGAAUACCUGUGGGCGGAGAAGCGAUUCCGGUUCCGGGUGUUUUCAUAUCCCAGUCGGAGGCGAUCAUACCUCUGAUUAUGCUAUUUUAUCGGAAACUUUUCUCGAUUGACCACUGAAUAAAUUAGAAUUCUUUUAAUUAAGAUUUCCCGAUCAAAGCCGACACCAUGGCGACACGCUCGGAGAGAGAGAAGGCCCAAAAACUCAACGAACAGCACCAGGCCAUCCUGUCCAAAAUGCUGAGAGAGGAAGACAACAAGUACUGCGCCGACUGCGAGGCGAAAGGUCCAAGAUGGGCAUCCUGGAAUCUGGGGGUAUUUAUCUGCAUCCGAUGUGCUGGCAUCCACAGGAACCUGGGAGUGCACAUAUCCAGAGUGAAAUCAGUCAACCUGGACCAAUGGACAACAGAACAAAUCCAGAGUAUACAGGACAUGGGUAAUACCAAGGCCAGGCGGCUUUAUGAGGCCAACCUUCCAGAUAGCUUUAGAAGACCUCAAACAGACCAAGCAGUGGAAUUCUUCAUCAGGGAUAAAUAUGAGAAGAAGAAAUACUACAGCAAGAAUGUGACCAAUGGCACCAGUCCAAAAGAUAGUAAGAAAGAAAGGGAGCCCGACAGAGGAAGCAAGGUGUCAUCUUACACCAAGAGUGAAGAGUCCAAGCCAGUUCCCAAAAUCAGCCCUGCUAAGACUGCAGAACCCUCUGUGAACCUACUAGGCCUUGACGCACCAGCAGCUGCAUCAGCUAACAACGGUAGCACGAGCACAAGCCAGAACAAUGACCUGGAUAUAUUCGGCCCCAUGGUCUCCAAUCCCCUGCCCUCAUCCACAUCCACAGCUCAGUUUUCUCAGGUGAGCUCCAAUAACUCGGCAAGCACUCCGACACAAGCUCCAGCAGCUGGAGUGUCAGGAGGAGUAGCCAACUCAGGGUCAUUACAGGGAGACCUCGACCUGUUUAGUGAGAGCAGUAGCACCACUAAAGCUGAUGACGCAGCCAAGAAGCCCCUGUCCAAGGACUCCAUCUUGUCUCUGUAUGGGACUAACAGCAUGUCCCAGCAGCCCCCCACCGCUGGUAUGUUCAUGGGCCCCUCUCAGAUGCAGUUUCCUGUCCAGGCAGCAGCUGGUUACCAGGCCUUCCCUGGUAUGGGUACAGCCAUGCCACCCACUACUGUCAUGGGUGCCAUGAUGGCUCAGAGCGGUGCACCCAUGAUGGGGCCCAGUCCAGGAAUGAUGGUUGGGAUGACGAUGCCUAAUGGCUUCAUGGGGAACGCGCAAGCCACCGGUAUGAUGGGCAUGGCCCCCAGGAUGAUGGGACCACAGGGUGGUGCAAUGCCUACAGGCAUGAUGCCUGCUCAGGGCAUGUAUGCCAUCCAGCCUGGCCAGCAGGCUCAGUGGAACAUGGGGCAGGUGAACCAGCAGAUGUCAGGGCUGACUCUGAAUGGUGCGGGUGGUCAGAUGGCCUUUGGUCAACCUCCGUCAGCUAUGGGCGGGUGGGCUCCCACCGGUUCUGGCCAGACUCUGAGCACACAGCUAUGGAAGUGAGCCUUCAUGCGGGUCGGUGGUUGGGCAGAGUAAAAGUCGAGGUUGCAGGAUGUGCUUCUCCGUACCUCACUAUGAACUGAUGCCCAUUUCAAUCACGGACCAGCCUUCAGAACAUGAAAAUUGUAUCUCUUUUUUUUUUUCUCUCUCUCCUUCUCCCUUUUCUGUCUCUCUUUCUCUCUAUUGUGUGAGUGAAUUGGGAGUCAUACAGGAUUACAGCCUGGCAGUUUCUGCCUGUCGUAUGGUUUUUGAUCAUAACUUUUAUUUUCCUUUUUUGGAAAAAAUGACAAGGAAACAACAGUCCCAUCAUCAACAUCGACAUAUCAGAAAAGCUGCAGGACCAGUUAAACAAGCUUUUAUUGUAUCACUGUAUCAUUAUAAGAUUAUAGAACAUUUAAAUGAAUAGUAUUUAAAGGGAGAAGGGUAUGACUAUGAGGUCAGUUGACACUGCUCCCAGAUGUACAGCGCUGUAUAACCUUCUUUUAAAGUACUUGUGGUUCCCCUAUAAAAUUAAAGUGAUAAUAAAUAAUUUCCUUUUACGUGUGUUCUGUAAAA